AACCUACAGUACUUGUAGCAACCCAUAGUCAUCGUCCAAUCGCCACAGCGGAUAGUAAGCAGCAUUCCACCAUCAGGUGUCGCAACCCACCAACCAACGAGAUGAACACAACCGAACCAGAACAGCACGUCCUCGCGAACGAAUACGACUUUAGCAGCAAAAAGCACAACCACCACAAGCGUUUUGCUACUACGGCUUCAUCAACCAUCCCCAAAGCUGCAACUACCAGGAAGCAUAAGGCUCGCCCGCACCUCAACUUUGAUAGUUCUGCGCUUGGUUCCUACACUUCUCAUCACCACCACCACCACCGCUCGUCCCAGUCCUCUCAGCCACAGUCGCCGCUUUCGCCUGACGAAGGAUUUGGAGUCAGUCAUUCAUCCGCUUCGUCUUCGGCUUCAUCUACUACUUCUUCGGGAGUCAUGGAUGAACGACAGCUUGGAAAUUAUACCACUUCUGAUGAUGAUGAUGGAUUCACAAACACGCCAUUCCAUAUCCCUCACUUUUACCGCAACUCGACGGCGUCACCCUCUGGAAGCACCAACUCCGCACCGGUCACCAACUCGGUCAGCGCGCUAAACCGCACCCUAACACAAUCAGUGAUCCGCUUCGACCAGCUCACAACCGAGUUUAUAUCCCUCCGCAACAAACUGCGCACGUUAAUAGAUGACGUCGCUGAGCAGGAGCUCUCGUACGAGUCGUGUGUCGAGCAAAUCACGCAACUGCGAUUUGAACGCAAGUUCUUGCGCGAGGUCGUGCAGCUGUGCGAUAGGAAACAGAUACACUCACAAAGUCACUGUGAUGAUGAUGAGUCGGGUGCGAACAGCGGCGGCGGAACUGGGAAACGAUGGAGCACGCCGAUGGGAUCGUCUGGUCUCCCAUUGUCUUCCUCCAACCCUUCGUUACCAUUGACAGACCGCGCGGCAAAUCGACGAACAGUCGCACUCUACGGCAGCGGUGCACCCACAUCAUCACGAGAGUCUCUCUUCUCCACGCUGACAGACCGAAACGGAAGUCGCAGCAGCUUCGGUCUCCAGCGGACCAACUCAUCCGACUCACAACAGCGCGUGACGGUCGAUGACCUCUCAUCCCGUCGCAUCCAGCGCGCUGCAUUCACCAUGAUGUUGCAGACUAUCCGCGACACCCUUCUCAACGCCAACGUCGGUUUCCCCAGCAACAUCGAUCCUCUACUCGCGGACCCUACCACCGUCCUCGAAGACAGCCCCCUCCUCUCGUCCUCCUCGCUCGCCGGCGGGCUACAGAACAAACACCUCGGUCACUCAUCCCAACACCUCCACCGCCGCACCGCAUCCUCCCUCAGCUCAUCCUCGCAGACCUCCCCUUACAACUCCUCCCCAAACCUCGCCGCCAACCGCACACCUCAACCCUCCCCCGUAACCACCGCCCUCACGGCGCGCAUAACCCACCUGAGCACCCUCAUCGCGAUCCUCGAACCAACCGUCCAAGAGCUCCGCGACUCAAUCCAGGACGUGCAAACGGGCCCCAUCAUCGCCUACCGCGCCUGGAUCCGCGAAGCCACCCUCGAGCUCGAGAUGCUCCGUGUCGAAUGUGAGGGUUUACGCGAGGCGAGGGAAGAGACCGCGGACGUCGGGCGCCGAUCGGUCCUCAUCAACCCGCACCCGAGCGCGGCGGCUGUGGCGGCGUUCACGUCUGCGGAUGAUGUGCAGAGUCUGGUGCGGACGAUGGAGAACAGUAUCGAGAGGUCGAACAGGGCGUUGGGUGGACGGCAGAUAUCGUUCAGUGCUGCGGUUGAGGAACACCGUGACCAGCAUGAUCAUCACCACCAUCAGCAUGGCGAUGAGGACGUUGACGACCCUUUGACGUCGCAGUUUGAUGUUAUGCGACUCUUUGCUGCUGCGGCGGACGACUCGUUUAGACAGAAAGCGCUGUUGGACGAUGCCGCCAGCGUGUACUUUUCUUGCGAUGAGGGCGACAACGAGUGAAAACCGUACACUUUUGUUCCCUCAACACACCCCGCUCGUCCUCCCUUACCCACAACAUAAACCACCCACGCCCUUGCAACAUCAACGCGAAAAGGAGCCGCUGGGCGAUCGUGCCGCUGCGCGGACGCAAACGACCCCACACACAAACCCUCCGAGAUUUUUGGAAUUACUUUACAGCUCGUACUUUUGUCCUCCCCCAGUUUAAUCUUACAUUUUUGUCAUUUGCUUUUCGACCUCGUGUUCGUCUAUUUGCUCGAUUUGGGUGAUUCAUUGGUUCUAUUGCCUCCUUUUAUGGUUCAAAUCUGUUGAGUGUCGCAAUAUCCUUGUCAAGAUCUCAUGUUCUCGUUUUCGUUCAUUUC